AUGGGUCACCUGAGCAAUGACGAGUUCUUCGCGAAACUCACCGGGCUCUUCGACUCGGCAAAAGGCAAAGACCACGGGUCUAUCGUCCUAACACAAAAGAGAUUAUCCUACGAUCAGCCUUUCCCCGAACCCACAAGCGAUGGCGUCCUACCGGACCUACAACCUCCCCGCCCAUUACCGAUCCUGAUACGCGCGACAAACAGUAAGGGCAAAGAGGAUCGCAAGGCAAAUAAGAAGAUCAAGUUCUCAACCGUCGUAGAGCCUGAUGUGCUCCCGGCUUUUUUCGAGAGGUACGCUGAGACGUGCAAGCAGGGUAUGGGUUCCCUCAAGCCUAGAGAUCGGAGCAAGCGGAAGGGUAAGGCGAAGAAGAAAACCAGAACCGCCGUUGGGGCCACAACGACGACAAUUCCCUGA